UUUAGAUUUUUAUUAAACAAUAUAUUGUAUAAUCAUUUUCUUAUUUAUAGAUAAGAUUAAGUCUUACGAAGAAUUUUGUGAUAUCGCAAAUGGUGCCAUGACUUUGGAAUUUAUUGCCAUUUUUAGUGCCCAUAACUGGCUGAUAUGAAUUUUAUGAUUUUUCAUUGAAUCUGAUAGUAAGAAUUCAAUAUGCGAGUUGCAGAAAUAUUUCUAAUUACAUUCUUUUUCAUUAAUCAUAAUGUAGUCGUGUGCAGCAACGUCUCAAAGUGCAAAAAAUCAGCGCAAAUUGAGGUACACAUUUGUUCUCAUACCUGCUGCCGAUGAUUUCACAACAAUCAUGAAAAUCGUGGGAAGUUCCAGAUCUGCAAUUGUGAAUCGUUCGUGGAGAGAUAAAGACAUCGUUGAAAUAACCGUUGAAUCGGAAGAUUUUGAUCAAAUUUAUCAAACAUCGAAAUCGUUGAAAGUUUACAGUUAUCAUUCGACAUAUUGCAUUCCAUCGACAACGAAAUCUCCAAUCGUCGUUUCUACAACUCCAAAAAAAAUCAACACAAAAACAACGAAUAGAACUACAAUUAUUAAUAGCAGAACACCAAAAUCUACAGUAUCAAAAAAUACGACUCCAAAAAUUGUUACAACAAAAAAUACGACACAAAAAAUUGUAACAACAAAGAAUGCGAAUCAAAAAAUUGUAACUUCAAAAAGUGUGCCUCAAAAAACUACGAAAAGUGCGACUCAAAAAGUUACUGAAAAAAGUACAUCCUUAAAAACUGCAACUCCAAAAAAUGCCACAUCUAAAGGCGUGGCUAAAAAAAUGGAAAUAUCAAAAAGUGUGACUCAAAAAAUAACUCAAAAAUCGAAGACAGUAACACAGAAAAUUAACAAAAGUGUUACACCUUCACGUCCUAGUCAAAAAGUUCAAUUAUCUAAAAAUUUAACAAAUAUCACAAAUUCAAAAAAUGGUGAUAAAAUUUCAAAAAGCUUGACUCCAACACCAACAUCGAAAGAUCUACCAAAAAAAAUUGUCAAAUUAGAAAAAAAGGACAACGAAAAACUUCAGAAUCAAUCACCUAAAAAAGAGAAGAGAAAUUCCAAACGAUCUGUAAAUGAAAAAUACAAAAACCAACGAAAAAGAACUCACAACUGUAUUCAAUAUGAAAAUUUUCCACAAAUAUGGUUGGAUUUAAAAAAUAUAAUUUGUAAUAUUUAUUCUCCAGUUUCUCGAAAAUGUAAAUACUGUAGAAAUCGUGGUUAUUUAAUUACAAGACCACCUGUCGAUGGUAAACAAAAUUAUCGUGUAACAACCACUGAAGCUGUAAUAUUCACUCCAAUUAAUCAAAUUUUCACUUACCCAACAACUUUACAAAUCAAUCAUCGUAAUUGGAACAUACAUAAAUUUUUCACUCCCAAAACAAACGAGAAUUUAGACGAUCCAUCGAGAGUUGUUUCUAAACUGAAAAUAACAAAAAAUGAUGAUUGCGAUAAAAUGAUAGAUUGUGAUGCCGAUCAAAACGAGGUGGAAUUAAUUUAUCAACAAUGGGAUUAAAUCCUCAAUGGAUUCUCAUUGUUUAACAAUUCUAUAAUGUUAUAUAAUUUUUAUUUUUGCUUGUGAUAAAAAUUAAAAAUCGUUAAACAAAAUUACGAAU